AUGGGUCAAUUCGACUGGUUCCGAUCUAUUGGCGCGACGCCUGAGGCUGUCGCGGUUCUGAAUGACCAGCCCAUUCUCUUCACUAUCCUCCUGAUCGUUCUCGUCGCCGUCAUCCUCCAGGGAGUGCUUCUCUGGUACAUCCACUUUGCGACAUUGAAGCCCGAACAGAAGAAGAAGAAGGAGCCGAAGAAGGGAGGCAAGGGAGGAAAGAAAUGA